UCUGUUAUUCCUAUUUUCGUUGCAUUUCGGUGUGAACUAUUGGAAAGACAUGGCCAAAUUGCGGCUGUACAUAGAUAUGCUUCUAGCUGUAUUCGUCACUACCACAGCUCUCAGUGGCUCAGCACAUUGUUCCUGUAUUGAAAGAGGCAUGGCGGAGGGGGGAUCCAAGCCAACUUACGGCUCCUACCUGAAGCUUCCAGAACUACUUGCCUGCCAGGCUCCAAUCACAGAUGUCCACGAUGAACAACUGUUCAUCAUUGUUCAUCAAGCCUUCGAACUGUGGUUCAAGCUCAUCAUCCAUGACAUCACGUCGGUCAGGAACAUAUUUCACGGCAAGGGAUGGAAACAUGUCGUCUUACACACUGCCAUCAACCGCCUGCAGAGAGCGGCAAUGGUGCUACGGUUGGCAGUGGAGCAGUUCCACAUCCUGGAGACGAUGCCACCCCUUAAUUUUAUGGACUUCAGACACGUACUGGCCGGGAUGUCUGGAUGCCAGAGCCUCCAGUUUCGAAUGAUGGAGAAACUUUUUGGAAUCAAUCACCGUCAUGAAUAUAAAGGACAGAGCUACAUGGACAAGAUGAACACAGAGGAUAAAGAGGUUCUCCAGAAAUACCCAGACCAAGAUGAUGGAGGUACACUACUGGAUGUUGUUCAAGCGUGGCUUGAAUCUACUCCUGGAAUAGACGACAGGCAGUUCUGGGACAAGUACAGGCAAAACGAGAAUGUGGAUCUGAGCUCUUUGCUUGAUCAGUCAGCGUAUAAGAAAGGUUCCUGGCAAAUGAGUCAACGGUCGCUGCAAGGAGCUCUUCUCAUCAUGCUGCACCAGGACAAACCUGAGUUCCAGCUGCCGUACCAGCUCCUCACACUGCUGAUGGACAUAGAUGUCGCCCUCAUGAAGUGGCGGAGUACCCACAUCCAGAUGGUACACAGGAUGAUAGGCCAGAAGCAGGGCACUGGGGGCACAGGGGGCACUUCUGGCUAUGAGUACCUACGAGCUACCUACAGUGACGAUUACAAGGCUUUUGGUGACCUCUUCAAGAUAACAACAUACUUACGGCCUCGAGCGGAAAUUCCCGAACUUGCCACCCAACAUGGCUGAACCUGGCAUCUGAUGACCAGACUCGAAGACGCCCUCCCUGACACGCAUGAAUGCACAUAUGCCAAUGUAUACGUACCCAGCUAUUUACAACUUGAAUUCACUUACAGUCUUGUGAUUGGAACUUGCUAAGGUAUGUUUGGGUGUGAAAAGAAAAUGCUCAAAAUUGUAUUGACCAUUUAAACUAUAUCAACGCACCACUUCUUAAAACACACAAUUGCAACGCUUCUAUGUGUUAUAGUGAGAGCAAACAUUGAACUUAUUUGUAUAGAAAACACAUUACACUGAAUAAAUAUUGCCUGAGAGAGCAAAACACACUCACAAACAGAGCUUGCUAUUAUUGAAUAGAAGUAUUUACAUAAGAAUUAUAAUCAAAGACACCCAUACACUGAGAAAACUAAUGUUAAAAAAUAUUUAUUCAGUGACGAACUUUUCCAGUUGAAUGAAAACGGGUUAAAAAAUCCCAUCGCCCGACGCCCGGGACAAGUCAGUUUUCAUUUCGGGCAAUCAAAUAAUGGUAUCUUACUUGUCCAUG